CAGAUUGACCCGACGAAGAGCGUGAAUGAGGAAGUGCUGCAGUGAGCUGGCAACAUGGAGAUAAACCAAUGAGAUAAACAUGUAUCCGCUAUUUUAAAGUUAUUCUUUUAUGCACAUUAGCGAGUCACAUCAUAUCCGGUUUGGCAUCAUGAAGAUUAAUGAGAACACUUUACUGGAGGGACACAAAGUUGUGUUGGUUCCUUACAAUGUAAACCACGUUCCCAGGUAUCAUGAGUGGAUGAAGUCUCCCGAGUUGCAGCAGCUGACCGCUUCAGAGCCGCUGACCCUGGAGCAGGAGUACGACAUGCAGAAGAGCUGGAGGGAAGAUGACGACAAGUGCACGUUCAUCAUCUUGGAUAAGCAGCGGUGGGCCGACCCCAGCGUGGAAGAAGAGCAGUGCAUGGUGGGAGAUGUCAACAUCUUUCUGACCGACCCCACGGACCCGUCCCUGGCCGAGGUUGAGAUCAUGAUAGCAGAGCCCAGUUAUAGAGGCAAAGGCAUCGGGAAGGAGGUGGCACGCAUGAUGAUGUGUUACGGAGUCACCAAACUCGGGGUGGGAAAGUUUGAAGCGAAAAUCGGACUUGACAACGAGGUCAGCAUCGCCAUGUUCAAGAAACUGCACUUCCAGGAGGCGUCGGUGUGCAAGGUCUUCAAAGAGGUGACCCUCGAGUUGACGGUGGAUGAGUCCUUUAGGACGAAGCUGCUGGACGAGACGUCCCACGUGAAGGAAAGAGACUACAGACAGACCUGCAGCAGCAGACAGGAGCUGCUCUCACAGUGACUCUCACUCCUCGAAGACGUCCAGCUGUGAAGCAGAUCAUUCGGAACAUGGAUGAAAUCUGCGAACUAAAAAUUAAAUUAGUGGAGCCUUUGCAACACAUCCUGCUUUUGUUUGUGGAUCUACGGUGACCUGGAAGACCUGGAUUCAUGCGCGCAUGCUACUUCAUGUUCUGUUGUCUUAUAUCUAGAAACUGAAAACUGUUUUGUAUCAAUUAGAGAUAUCUGCAGAUGCUGGCGGGUAGAUCUUGGUAAGACACUGUUCAUACGUGACACAUCAUCAUACUUUUAUAAGGUUCCUUUAAAUUAUUCCGAGAUUUUAGAAGUAAGUGAUUUUUAUCUACACUUUUCUUUGAAGCAAAUGUCUUUGAAGAGUCGAGAUAAAUUAAAGACGUGGUUUCUAGAUUAUGUAACCUUGACAAACUAUAAAAUCACGAAGAUUCUGCUUCAUUUAAGGAUCUGGGUAUCACUACUGUGACUAGCUAUUAUGUUUUAACAGAUUUAAACCAUAAUCGUAAAGUAGAAAAAAGACAAAAGGUCUAGACGGUACAAAUAUGGGUGUGGAACUGCUUUUCAAAAGUGAAGUCAAAGCCAGUAGAGCUCCCCCUGGUGUCUGACUGCAGUAUAGGUCAUAAGCUCCACUCCCUUCAUGUUAGUCGAUGGGACUUGAGUCGAAACUAAAACACUAAAAUAUACCUCAAAUAGUUUGUUUUCAAGGGUGGUUUCUGUCAUUUUAGGUAGUUAAUAUAAUGCUGAUGCAUGCUCAAGUGUCAGUUUUAUGGAUAAGUUUCGUUUUAGUUGUUUGAUGCUAUAGAAACAUGAUGGCGACCACCAGUUGCCAUGCCAACCGCUCCGUAAAGCGUGUCCUGCGGUCGGGUCAUUGAUAUCGUGGCUCCACUGUGCUGAUCAGACUCACAGUCUGUGGUUCGUACCUCUUCAUGUCUGGUUCAGUUUCACUUCUGGCUUUGCAGAAGUGCAGCAGAAACUGGCAGCCAAUAAAGUCUAGUCCGGGUGUAACGCAGCUUUAAGGAAGCUAUUGCAAGUCACUCUGGGAACCAGGCAUCUGAUGACUCAACCUCUGGGAGCAAUCAGUGGAUAUUUUGGGGAGUUACUGGCUACGUGGGUCGGGACUUUCUGUCUUAGUGUAUCCAAACCAUUAUCCAAGUGACCAAGAGUAAGGGUUCUUUUUUUGUUUGUUUGUUUUUUUUUUUUAUUAGGGACAUCUCUGACCUUUGAUCUGUGGGUGGUGCACAGUGUAAACUCACGGCUGGAGUAUCUUAACAACCAGAUACUCAGCCGUAACGAGGGGAGUUCUUUGGACACUAACUUGGAUGGUGUCCUGUAUUUUUUUCUCAACAAGUGGUCCUCUAACGUCCUCUUAAAGGCCAGAAACCGAAGAGUGAAGGGGCUGAAAUGUCUUUAGGGCAUGUAAACUUCCUGAGACCCUGCGUCCUCAUAUGGGGGCGUUAAGUUUUAGGUUUGUGUGAGCUUCUUAUUCUGCUUUGUUUAAACUUUCAUCCUCAUAACUAGAUACUAGUGGGUGUAAAAACAUGAUCGCAGUCAUGUAACAAAGAUGUACAAAACCUCAGUUUUACAGUUGCUUAUUUAUACUUAUCAACUUUUCUAGUUUAAUAUGACAAACAUUCUAUUAAUAGUAACAAUCUAUAACUUUGCUAAUUAUCAAGUACUCGAUUGAGGACGUUGGGACUUCAUUAUGUGCAAUUCUGCUUUUGCGCAUCCAUGUUCAUACGUGAGAAUUUUUUAUAGAAGUUUUAUAUUUUAUUAUAUAUUGGUGACUUAAUUAUAUUGAUAUAAUAUUUAUAGGAAUAUUUUAUAGAAAAAAAAAUCUCAGUGUCCACACAUGAGGACACAAUUUUUUACCAAAAUCUACUUCCUGUUCAAAGACAUUUUUAUAGUUCUUAGGUCCUGCUCAAACACAACUAGCCAACAAUCCCUACCUUUUCUCACAAUCUCAUCUCAUCUUGGCUACAGUUCAGUUCAUGUAAGUGAAAAGUGAGUUUUUUUGGUGGCGGUGUUUGGAUUUUCCAGGCGUAUCCAUCCAUUACAAAAACACGACGGUGCAGUAUUUGUUUGCAGUGCAUAGCCAUUUAAUGGUGCUGAUGAGCAUUCACAGCGCUGUACAAGUGGCACCUUUUUAAGAAAAUAAGUCGCAAAAACAAAGGCAUUUCACAAUCUGGACCAAUAUUUUCAAUAUCAACUCUGUGUCUGUAAUCACUGCAAGAUUCUUAAGGAUCCUUUUACCAACACAUCACCUACACCAUUUCAGAUAAUGCAUGUGUUACUGCUGCGUUUUGGAAUUUUCCUUCACGGAGACUGGUAAGACUCUUGAAACUUAAAAUUCCAAAGCUUAUUUGUUUACAGUCUGCACAGUAUCACUAAAGAUUUCAGAGUUUCACUUCCGGCUUUAUGAAAUGUAGGGACACAGGAAAACUCUUGAAACACAGCAGCAGCAGAAUCAACGGGCUGUUGGUGCGUAUUAGAGGCUGAAAAUCUAUUCAAAUCCAUUUUUAAAAUCAGUUUAUCAUUCUGUUCAUGUAAAAGGUCACGUGGAGCCAGUCGCAGCUUUUCCCCAAAUUGGAUUGUUUGGAGGAUUUUGCUAAUUUUUUGUUGCUAGAAAUCAAAAUAAACUGAAUCAGAAGACAUCGAGUUUUUCCCCAAACUGAAUUUAAUGAUUCAAUCCAGAGAUUAUUCAGAUUAAUCAAAUGAAUUGUUAGUUGCAGCCCUAACGACAACACAAACCAUUGUGUGAUGUAUUCUUUAGUUGGCCAUUAAAGAGCACAAACAGAAUGACCUCACUGAUCUUUGGCAUUUGUGUGACAUAUAUAUAUAUAUAUAUAGCGUCUUAUUACGAGCGCAAAUGUUAUAUCAUCAAAUCCACUCAUAGCAGCUCUGAUGUGAGACUAAAAAGACGGAGAAGGCUUUACAUUCAGUCUGCACAUGCUCAGACUGGCUCGACGCUCCAGUGCGGCACUGACUGCUCAACGACGAACACGUCUCAAAUCCAACCUUCACUCCAAACGCGGUCGCCGGGGAGACAUUUAAGAUCCUUUUUUUAAAAAAAAAAAACAAAACAAAAAAAAACAGGCUGUAGUAGAAAGAGGGUACGAGAGCGCCAACAAUUCCAUAGGAAUUUAAGAUGAUUUUAAACACAUCCGUCCACUUCCCCUUUGUCUUUCUGCACAGACGUUUCACCUGCAAGCACCAUGCGGGAUGCGGGCUUGCACAUUUUAGUGAGAUUUAUAUAAUUUCUGAAUAUUAAAAAAAAAAAAAAAAAAAAAAAA